UAGGCAGUUCUCCCACUGGCGCUUCCACCCAGCAACCCCAGCAUGUGAGGAAGGUUGUCGUGAACCGCGACAAGCCAAGACAGAAGCUGGGGAUGCAUUUCCAAAAAAUGGCCAAGUGGAAGCUGAUGACCAAAGCACUGGUUGGCAUGAGGGCCGCAAAAAACAUGAAGCUACGUGCUCUUAAGAUGCGCUGUCUGCCUGCUCCAUCGUCAGCGCCUGUUGAAAGUGUGGAACAAGAAGCGCCGAAAGUUGAGACUGCGCCGCUUUAUAGACUCACGGCUAUCAAACGGGCAUCUGCUGUCCUGACAUUUGCGAAUGCUCCUGUGAGAGGAAUCAACAGGAGCAGCAGCAUCUAUAGCCGUCCAUCCUUUGAGAUCGCUUCCGACGACGACUCGUGUUCUGAAGAUGAAGGUUUUGACAGCAGAGAUGCUCCUGUGAGAGUCAGUGGAGGACGGUUGACUCCAUACCCCUCGAGAAGUCCAGUGUGCUCAGGUGAAGGGCUCUUUUUCAACGGCUCUCCUGAAUUGAUCGCUGGUCCUGUGCAGAACACAACUGUGCUGCCAGAAAGAGCCACUGAGGGAGGAUCUUCUCUCAUUUCAUCAGUCACUGCCCCCGCCACGGCAAACACAUGUCUCUCACACUCAACCGGGCUUUCUUCUAAACCAUCCAUCCCACAGAUUUGGCUGGACUGUGAAAGACCAUCUUGGAGCGUGUCUUCUGGGGCAUCUUUUGUUACCUCCCGCACUGUUCAAAGCAAUACUGUGACCUUGAAUAUGGCAGCACAUCCUGAAGGUCUUGAGGCGAUGCCUCUUUCGAACCCGUUCGAGGACAGCGCUGAGGAAAAAGCUGCUAUGGGCUCUGUCAAAGGCGAAAUGGCGACCGAAGAAGUGGAUAUGAUCCUAGAUUCCACCAAGCCAUCCGAUUCUGCUACCCUCGUGGCGAAGGAUGAAAUCUCUGAAAGCAGUGUUCAUCUUGAAUCUACCGAGCCCCGGACUCCUGUGGCAGACAAGCACAUUUGCUCCGACGAAAUUGAGAACAAUACAACCAAGGCCCGUGAGGGUGGAAAGUCACGUAUUCCAGUACCCAAAGCCCGGGUUACCUCUUGUGGAAGUCCCGUUCUACGUGUCAGCCCAUGCCCUCAGAGUUCCAUCCCAGUGCCUUCUCGCCGCACCACCAGUGAGCAGAGCGUGUCGUCUAUCAAGCAUCUGGUCGGUAAAGCCCCCACUGGCAAGGUUCUUCCUGCUAAGAAGCACCAGAUCUCCGGAGAAAAUGGCGGGUCUAUUGCCUCAGCUUUGGAGCAAACUACCGAGGAAACCUCCAAGUCAGACAAAGAUGCAGAAUCCGAGACUUACACUUGGGGAACAGAUGACGGUGACGAUGAAAUCGUUGCGCAGCGUCCUACUGGUUUCACAGGCGACAACAGACCUAAGUUCCAGACGUCAGCUGCCAAGUUCGGCAGUUUGGGCCCUACGCUCAAGAUUGCCCCGUCUGCUGAGCGUCUUAUCAUGGGCUCUGACAAACAGGAGAAGCCGUUGCCACCCACAAAGGAGUCCCAAGGUGAUGAAGCUUCUGCAACCUUCAACAUGGAUAAUAGACAGGGGGCUACCAAACAAGCUCAGGGCGAGCAACAGAGCUCCAACCGUGUGGACACGCGUGAGCAGACACAUAUCCAUGAUGUUUCUGGGCUUCUCAGCUCUCAUCAGCCUGUCAGCUCGAAGAGCUACGCCAGCCUUCGUUCAAAGGCCACUGCCCAAUUAUUCCAGGAUAAAAAUUCGCCUAUCCCGCCUCCCAAGACUUCUCAAUCGAAUCCGUCUUUGCGAGCUUUCCCUCCCCGGUCAGACUCGUUGACUCCGGUGCCUGAUUUCACUGCUCGCUUGGAUGCAGUUGUCGCUUCUACCUCUCAGGAUACCACAGCCGUGGCGAACAACGCCGUUCCUCCUUCAAAGGCCACUACUACCUUUGAAGAGAUGGAACAACAAAUCCUGAAGGCCCAGGCAAACCUGGCUCGCGGCCCCAAGCAUACUGAUUCCAAGGUUGCAGAACCCAAGGGUAACCGCGUCUUUGGGGGCUUGAAAAACAUGUUUGGUAAAAACAAGCCUUCCAUCACCAAGGACAUGAUCCGCAAGGUCGACGAGUUCGAAGUGACGAACACCUCUGCUAGUGACGAACAGGAAAGCACCGAGUCAGCAAAGGCCACCAAGUCUGUCACUGAAACCGUUGUGACAACAAAGCCAGUGGCUUCUAAGUCAAAGGGAAAAUACCAAGCUUGGAACAGGGGUCUCCGCACCCCUAAGGUCGCAGAUGAGAAUCUGCCUCCUUCUGUUAGCACUCCCACUACUUCGGAGUCAUCCCUUCCUGUGCCGACCUCGGUCAAGGCACCUUCCAUCCCUAGUUUUGCUCGUCCGACCAACUCUACCCAGGCGAAGGCAAAUGCAAACAUGAGAUCUGUCUCAGCGCAGGAGCCUAGACUCCGCCGACCUUCCCCAAUCGUCACUGCAGGUGGAAGCUCCGCUGCCCGAGAAGCGAAACGUACCCCUACGGUGAAGACCCCGCUGAGUGUCAAGAGAUUUGCGGCUCGCUCUGGCGGCUCUUCGCAAAAGGCCAGCAAGACUCCAACCACUGCAUCUCAGGAGCCCAACACUGGCAAUAUUCAGCUGCCCCCUGUCAUGGGCGAGUCUCAAAUGGAAAACGCGCAGAAGUGGAUCGAGUUCCUUUCUGAAAGGAUCAAGUUUGAAGAGUCUCCCGAUAAGAGAGGCCAGUAUCUCCAGCACCUCCUGGCAGUUCACACCGUUCUAAACAAUUACAAACAAGCCGACAAAGAGGAACAGGAUGCCGAGAGCCUCUUCAAUCUUCGUCACCUGGAUACUGUCUCGUGCUUGACCAAGCUUACUGAGUGUCUGUCCUCCGUUGCAAGCGACCUCGAGGCUCACUAAAUGAGACAUCUUAUGUGCCCUUGUUCAAGCUUCUUUCUCUGUUUUCAGAUCUCACUGUUUUACUUUUCUUUCUUCAGUUUUUCUUGUUCUUUUCUAUUUUCUUGCCAUGUCACCUGCACGUCGGUUUCAGUUCAUCCCCUUUUUCAUGACACUC